AUGGCCGAUGUGGACGGGGUGCCGCCCAUCGUGCACGUGCGUUUCGGCUUGGAGCCAAGGCAUACAAACACCCCGACUGGUACGACGAAGAGGUUCGCGAGAUCGAUUUGGAGUCGGCGAUUGGUCGACCAGAGUCUUCAUCUCUCCGCAUCCUUUCCAGUCUGUUGUUCCUCAACACCCGCAUUGUGCCCCAUAGCUGAGUGGGACAGGAGGAUCUUAUCCAGCUCAAGGAGCCUAGUCAGGGAUGAGAUCCCCUUCAUGGACACGGACAUUGCGCGAGGCCUCGUGAUGCCGGAGGUUUGGCUUGUGGGAUCCCACCUGCACGGAGGAGGUGGAACGUUGAACCAAAUUGGCUGUGCAGGCGUCGAAGCACCCGGCUUCGAGGAGAUGAUCCGCUCCUAUGCUCAGUCAGAAGCGUCCGCGACCCAUGAAGUGGGUCCUUCGUUCUGUAGCUGGCACGGGCGUGCUUGUGCCACUUUCCAGGCCAGCAGCCUGAAGACCAUCAGCCGCGAGCUCACCUCCGCGAAGUCCAUGGCAGGCUGA